CAAACUUCCACCAUCACCGACCGCAGUCUCUUUAGAUUCCCAACAUCUCCUCACCAUGGCCGAAGAACCCCAGCCCGCAGGUGUCCACGAGGGUGCCGAUGCGGCCCCGGCUCCCACCUCCGCAGAGGACCGCAAGACGCAGGCCGCCAUGUCCAAGCUCGACGCACCCCAGAACGAGGAUGACACGACAGGAAAGAAGGAUGUCGACACCGAAGCAUUAGAAAAGGCGACAAAGAACCUAGAUGUGAAAGGCGGCGAGAAGAAGCCCGAGCCGGCGAAGAAGGCCGUCAAGGUCGAUCAGGCCGACGUGACACUGCAGGUCGACCAAUUGGACUUGACCAAGCCAAAAGCUACGGAUCUUCUCAAGGCCCACGACGCCGAUCCCGUAAAGGCCAUGACGGCCUUCAUCGGCGCAGCAGCAUAGCUGUCCUUUCAUGUGAUACCGAUCCUCGGCAAUGGCGAACAAGCAUAGUACACUAGAGAAACUGGCAACAGUGGUAGACUUAGUCACGUCACACGCCACGCUUGACGGCUGCACUGGGAUACUCAGUUGCCGUCGGCUCACGAGCCACACGAUAGCACGACCAAUUGAAACAACAUCGAAUAGUUAAAACUAAGGUACAAGGAAUAUGGUUCGUGUCAGGUGAGACAUUUCUUACGUGAACAAUACCCACACUAGAUAUCAAGACAGCA